AUGCUGCCUAGUCUUUCUUCCGCUGCCAAAUGGAUCGUCCGCAACACAAUAGUCAGCAACGAAAGCUUGACUCCCGAGCUCCGGCUGCAUCUGAUUACAGUGGCUAGUCCUCUGUGGAUGAGCACUCCGGACGCGUGCCCUCUUCACGAUCCCUACUGGGCUUUCUACUGGCCUGGUGGUCAGGGUCUCUCCCGGUACAUUCUUGACAAUUCGGCUCUCUUCCGCGGCUCGAAAGUUCUGGAUUUCGGCGCCGGUUGUGGCUCCGCCUCGAUGGCCGCGCAGAUCUGUGGAGCACGGGCGAUUCUGGCCAAUGACAUUGAUAAAUGUCAGUUUUCCCAUGGAAUUUCAUCCACAGAACCCUUUUCAGAUGCUCUCGUUUCCACAAAACUCAAUUUCCGUCUGAACGGAAUGAACGACUCGAAAGUCCGCUACUCAGCCUCGAAUUUUCUCCAAAAUUCCCAAGAAUCGUCGGAUUUUUUCCGCGAAAAUUCGCAAAAAACCGGAAAGUUCGUGCUGCUCGGCGACAUGUUUUACGAUUCGGAUUUCGCCGAAAUUCUCUUCGCCUGGCUUAAAAAGUGAGAUUUUUACGGAGAAUUUGUAAAAAGAAUGUAAUUCAGAAUGCGAAAUGAGCACGAAGUCCGAGUUCUCGUCGGCGAUCCGGACAGACAUCCGUUGGCCGAAUCGGAAUAUUUAAAGAGGUUCGGGUCCUGCCACUAAAAUAAAUAAAUAUAGAAAGUUUAAAGGUACAGGACGAGAUUCACGAAGGAGCACGUGGCCGAGUACGGUCUUCCGGGAUACGUCAUCAAAGAGCACUACGGAUUCAAUACGGCCAAAGUCUUCGAAUUGCAUUUUUAGAUUUGAAUAAAUUUCCGAGGUUUGCUCAUUUAUUGAGUAUAAAUCGAUCGAAUUUCAGUCAUUUCCCGAAUUAGCGAAAAGUUUGUUAUCUUGGUGUCGAUUUUUGUGAUUUUAGACACUUUCCAGAAAAUAGAAUAGAAAUAGAGUAAAAAGAGUUUUCAUCUCGGCUAGAUUGCUCGAUAACUCACAAUAAACGGGAAAGGUCAGGAAAGGCACGGGCCGGCUGUUCAUACGUGCGAAAAGCGGUUUUUUCAAUUUCUCUCGACGAAUCGAACAUGGAGACAUCUGAUUUUUUUUAAAUAAAAGUUCAAUUGUAGUGUGCUCUUCAAAAUGAGCCAGGUACAUGUAAAGUUUCUGUGAGAAGUUACAGCUUUUUUUUUGCCGGCCCGUGAAAGGCCGAAUCGCGUGCUUGCGUGACCCUGCGAAUUCUUGUUUUUCACUCUGAGCAUUAAAAACGAGAAACUGACCCUUGACCUUUCCUGAUAACUCGCCCGUCUCUUUCCGGAAACGUUUCGGAUUAUUUUGAGUUCUCGAACAAUCUUCACGAGAUGAAAACUCUUCUGGUGCUGCUGUUGUUGUACGUCACAGUACGCCAUUGUGAGUUUCAGAACGUUUCCUCAAAUCCUGCAACUAUUUGGUGUCUUUUCAGAAUUUCCGUUAACUGAAAACCCGGUUCUCCACGCAGAAAACACGACGUCGGCCUUCAAAAAUGUUGAUAAAAGUUAGUGAUUUACUCGAAAACGUGUUCACAAACGCACAUUUUCCAGGAUCCGCAUCGUCGGACUAUGACGUCUUCGUGAAUGACAUAACGGCCCUGACCCGCAUACUGAAUGCGAUUUCGUUGGAUUCGCAGUUGAGGGAAGGAUCCGUGGAUGUGGUCGAGGUAGCGCUCGAGUUGGCGGUUGUCGGACGUAUCCCGAAGACUUUGAUGGACGAGCUGAUGGACUGGAGUGAGACGGAGUGGAAGCAACUGCACGCACACAUCGAAACAUUCGGCGCUCGGUUGGAUGCAUUCGGAACCGCAAACGCUGCCACGUGGAACGAUUCGACCAUCCAGAACGGACUGCGAGUGCUCGAAGGACUCGUUGACAAGGUGAGGUCCUUCGCCGUGAAGUUGGAUGAGCCGAAGGUGAAGGAGCUUCUGGACAUGAUCUCUGAAUUGGGUCUCAAAAACUUGACCAUGUUUAAUGGCAAUCCGCCCGGCGAUCUUCUCAAAUCUCUCAAAACAAUUGAUAUGUUGACCGAUGAUCCUAUGUCGAGCAUUUUCAAGGAUGCCAAAUUAAACAUCCAACGGGUUCUUUCCACAAUGAACGUUUUGGAGAAAUCUCAAUCCUUUAUGACCAAAAUUACUAUAUUCAUGUCGGACAACACGAAUGUAUUGGAUCCGCUUCUCCGCAUUGUCGCAAGUCUCAAUGAGUCGGCCAGUGAAUUCGGUGCCUUAACCGGAUUAGCUCAUCAUUUGGGAACGUUCGUCCAUCAGAGAGUAUCCUUGAGAGACUUGCUGAGCACUCUGAACAGCAGUUCUCCUCGCAUUGCCACACUGAAGAAGUACGUGGACGCCUCCUCCGCUCACUCUAUCGCCAACUACACACUCGGUUUUGUGAACGGACUCGCGGAUCUGGAGGCAGUUGGCGGAGAUCUCAAGUCGUCGAGGAUAAGGAAGUUACUGAGUGGAGGACUGGAAAUGACCGCACUCGAGGAGAGCAUCAAGUGGAUCGACACUCUCAAGGUCGAGAUGAAGAAAGUGAUCGGACAACAAACGGAAAUGCUAUUCUUGUCAGCAUCUCGAGAACGCCAAAUCUGA